AUGUCCAAAGCUAUUAUCUUUACUCUAGCAAUUGUAGCACUCUCAAUUUCAUCGGUUGUUGUCAACGCAUACAACGUUGUCGACGUCGACGCCGAUACCUCUGGGACCAUUACAUUAUCACAAUUCCAAUGUUUAGCUCAACAAAACGAAAAGAUCAUCAUCGAAGCUUGGUCUGGUGGUAUUGGUCUCAAUAAAAAUUUGGCUGCUGCUUAUCAACGUGCCACCGCCGCUAAAUUACAAGUUGAUCUAUAUGCAUUUUUCUGUAGCAAAUGUGAUGGAAAUAAUCCAGUAUCUAAUCCAAUAAAGACCUUGAAAUCUUAUUUCAUGGAAAAUGAUAUCAACUUUGGUACCCUUUGGAUUGAAGUUGAACAAUGCGAUGGAUGUUGGUCAGGAUCAGUUUCAGAAAACGCUCAAUUUGUUGUCCAAACCGUCAAAGCUGCCAUUUCUCUCCAAAUCACCAUCGGUAUCUACUCUUCUGUUGAUGAAUGGGCUCAAACCGUCGGUUCAUUCGACGAUUAUUCAGCCCUCAAACAAUGGUAUGCUCACUAUGAUGGUGUCCCCUCUUUCAAUGACACCGAGUACUACUCUUAUGGUGGUUGGACAAAGCCAACUAUGAAGCAAUAUAUUGGUAACACUCAACAAUGCGGUGUCAAUGUUGAUUUGAACUAUUUUGCUGGGUUCUCUCCUACUACUGUCAUCAUAACCUCUGGAUCUCACUCUAGCACUGGAACUUCUUCCAGCACUGGAUCCUCUUCCACCUCUGGAUCUGGUUCAGCCACUGGUUCAACUGCUGGCCAAACCUCUACCUCUGGUUCAUCUUACUAG